ACAUAUUGAAGCAUCAGCAGCAGCCAUGACCGACUCGGAUGAGACAGCUUGGAUCCAUUGGUUCUGCAAGCAGCGCGGCAACGAGUUCUUUGCCAUGGUGGACGAGGACUACAUCCACGACAAGUUCAAUCUGAACUUCCUGGACACUGAUGUGAACAACUAUCGCUGCGCCCUCGAGGUGAUACUCGACCUGAACACUGGCUCUGGCUCGGACAAUGCAGCCGAGUCCGAUGUGGAGGCCAGCGCUGAGAAGCUCUACGGCCUGAUCCACGCUCGCUUUAUCCUCACCAAUCGCGGCAUCGAUCUGAUGUUCGAGAAGUACCAGAAGGGCCUCUUUGGCACCUGUCCACGUGUCUUUUGCCAGCGCCAGCACGUGCUGCCCAUUGGGCUCAGUGAUAAUCCCGGAGACGAAAUGGUGCGAAUCUACUGCCCCAAGUGCAAUGAUGUUUACCUGCCAAAGUCCGCUCGUCAUGCCAACCUGGAUGGCGCCUUCUUUGGCACUGGCUUCCCCCACAUGCUGUUCAUGGUGAAGCCAGAGGUGCGACCCAAGCGCGCAAAGGCGAAGUUUGUGCCCAGACUGUAUGGCUUCAAGAUCCAUCAGCAGGCAUAUCGCGCAGAGACACAGAAGGACUCGCAGGAAGUUGAAACCUAAUCAAAUUCCACAAUUUUGAAACUUUUGUUUGUCUGUUGCUUCUAUUUCUGCCAUUAAACUCCCAUAAUCAUAACCAUAA